AUGGUUUCUGGCGGUGAGCACAAGGUUGCUGCUGGUGAGGACAAGGUUCCUGCCAGUGAGAACAAGCAUCCUGGCGGUGAUCACAAGGUUCCUGGCGAUGAGGACCAGGUUCCUGGCGGUGAUGACAAGGUUCCUGGCGUUGAGAACAAGGUUCUUGGCGGUGAGGACGAGGAUCCUGGUGGUGAGGACAAGGUUCCAGACGGUGAAGACAAGGUUCCUGACGCUGACGACAAGGUUCAUGACGGUGAGGACAAGGUUCCUGGCGGUAAGGAUGAGGUUCCUGGCGGUGAGGAUUUGUUCCUGGCGGUGAGGACAAGGUUCCUGGCGGUGAGGACAAGGUUCCUGCUGUUGAGGGCAAGUCUCCAGGAGGUGAGGACAAGGACCCUGGCGGUGAAAACAAGGUUCCUGCCGGUGGGCUCAAGGUUUCUGACGUUGAGAACAAGGUACUUGGCGGUGACGACAAGGUUCCUGGCGAUGGAGACAAGGUACUUGGCGGUGACGACAAGGUUCCUGACGAUGGAGGCAAGGUUCCUGGAGUUGAGAAAAAGGUUCCUGGCGGUGGGGACAAGGUUCCUGGCGAUGAAGACAAGGUUCCUGGCGGUGACGGCAAGGUUCCUGGCGAUGAAGACAAGGUUCCUGGCGGUGAGGACAAGGAUCCUGGCGGUGAGGACAAGGUUUCUGGCGGCGUGGACAAGGUUCCUGCCGGUGAGAACAAGGUUCAUGCCGGUGAGGACAAGGUUCCUUGGGGGUGAGGACAAGGUCCCUGGCCAUCAGAACAAGGUUCCUGGCGGUGAAGACAAGGUUCCUGGCGGUGAGGACAACGUUCCUGGCGGCGAGGACAAGGUUGCUGGCGGUGAGGACAUGGUUUCUGGCUGUGAGAACAAAGUUUCUGACGCUGAGGAGAAUGUUCCUACCAGAGAGGGCAAGGUUCCUGCCAGUGAGGACAGUGUUGCUUCCGGUGAGGACAAAGUUUCUGCCGGUGAGGACAUGGUUCCUGUCGGUGACGGCAAGGUUCCUGGCGGUGACGACAAGGUUCCUGCCUGUGAGCUCAAGGUUUCUGGCGGUGAGCACAAGGUUGCUGCUGGUGAGGACAAGGUUCUUGCCAGUGAGAACAAGGUUUCUGGCGUUGAGGACAUGGUUCCUGGCGGUGAGAAGAAGGUUUCUGGCGGUGAGAACAAGCUUCCUGGCGCUGAGGACAAGGUUUAUGAAGGGGAGGACAAUGUUCCUGCCGGUGAGGACAAGGUUCCUGCCGGUGAGGAAAAUUUUCCUGCCGGUGACAACAAUGUUCCUGGCGGUGACAACAAGGACCCUGGCGGUGAGAACAAUGUUCCUGACGGCGACGACAAAGUUCCCGGAUGUUACGGCAAGGUUCCUGGCGAUGACUCUAUGUUCCUGGCGGUGAGGACAAGGUUCCUAGUGGUGAGGACAAGGUUCAUGGGGAUGAGGACAAAGUUCCUUGCGUGAGAACGAGGUUCCUGGCUGUGAGGACAAGGUUCCUAGCGGUGAGGACAAGGUGCAUGGCGGUGAGGACAAGGUUUCUGGCGGUGAGGCCAAGCUUCCUGACGCUCGGGACAAGGGUCCUGACGGUGACGACAAGGUUCCUGUCGGUGAUGACAAGGUUCCUGUCGGUGAUGACAAGGUUUCUGGUGAUGAGGACAAGGUUCCUGGGCGUGAGAACAAGGUUCCUGGCGGUGAGGGCAAGGUUCUUGGCGGUGAGGAAAAGGAUCCUGGUGGUGAGAACAAGGUUCCAGACGCUGAGGACAAGUUUCCUGAUGCUGAGGACAAGGUUCCUGCUGGUGAGGACAAGUUUCCAGGCGGUGAGGACAAGUUUCCAGGCGGUGAGGACAAGGACCCUGGCGGUGAGGACAACGUUCCUGCCGAUGGGCUCAAGGUUUCUGACGUUGAGCACAAGGUUGCUGCUGGUGAGGACAAGGUUCCUGGUUGUGAGGACAAGGCACUUGGCGGUAAGGACAAGGUUCCUGGAGUUGAGGACAAGGUUCCUGGGGUUGAGAAAAAGGUACCUGGCGGUGAGGACAAGGUUUCUGGCGGUGAGGCCAAGCUUCCUGACGCUCGGGACAAGGGUCCUGACGGUGACGACAAGGUUCCUGUCGGUGAUGACAAGGUUCCUGUCGGUGAUGACAAGGUUUCUGGUGAUGAGGAGAAGGUUCCUGGGCGUGAGAACAAGGUUCCUGGCGGUGAGGGCAAGGUUCUUGGCGGUGAGGAAAAGGAUCCUGGUGGUGAGAACAAGGUUCCAGACGCUGAGGACAAGUUUCCUGAUGCUGAGGACAAGGUUCCUGCUGGUGAGGACAAGUUUCCAGGCGGUGAGGACAAGUUUCCAGGCGGUGAGGACAAGGACCCUGGCGGUGAGGACAACGUUCCUGCCGUGGGCUCAAGGUUUCUGACGUUGAGCACAAGGUUGCUGCUGGUGAGGAGAAGGUUCCUGGUGGUGAGGACAAGGCACUUGGCUGUAAGGACAAGGUUCCUGGGGUUGAGGACAAGGUUCCUGGGGUUGAGAAAAAGGUACCUGGCGGUGAGGAAAAGGUUCCUGGCGGUGAGGACAAGGUUCCUGGCGGUGACGGCAAGGUUCCUGGCGGUGAGGACAAAGUUCCGGGCGGUUACGGCAAGGUUCCUGGCGAUGAAGACAAGGUUCCUGGCGGUGAGGACAAGGUUCCUGGCGGUGAGGACAAGUUUUCUGGCGGCGAGGACAAGGUUCCUGCCGGUGAGACCAAGGUUCAUGCCGGUGAGGACAAGGUUCCUGGGGGUGAGUACAAGGUCCCUGGCCAUCAGGACAAAGUUCCAGGGGGUGAGGACAAUGUUCCUGGCGGUGAGGACAUGGUUCAUGGCGGUGAGGACAAGGUUCCUGCUAGUGAGGACAAGGUUCCUGGAGGGGAGGACAAUGACCCUGGGGUUAAGUCAAGGUUCCUGGCGGUGACGGCAAGGUUCCUGGCGGUUACGGCAAAGUUCCUGCCGGUGACGACAAGGUUCCUGCCGGUAAAGACAAUGUUCCUGGCGGUGAGGAAAAGGAUCCUGGCGGUGAGGACGAGGUCCCUGGUGAUGAGGAAAAGGGUCUCACGCUGAAGACAGGGUUUCUGACGCUGAGGACGAGGUUCCUGGCGGUGAGGACAUGGUUCAUGGCGGUGAGAACAAGGUACCUGGCGGUGAGGACAAGGUUCCUUGCGGAGCGACAAGCUGUUUGGCGGUGAGGACAAGGUUCCUAGCGGUGAGGACAAGGUUCAUGGCGGUGAGGACAAGGUUUCUGGCGGUGAGGCCAAGGUUCCUGACGCUCGGGACAAGGUUCCUGACGGUGAGGACAAGGUUCCUGUCGGUGAUGACAAGGUUCCUGUCGGUGAUGACUAGGUUUCUGGUGAUGAGGACAAGGUUCCUGGUGGUGAGGACAAGGCUCCUGGCGAUGAGGCCAAGGCUUCUGGCGGUGAGGACAAGGUUCCUGCCGGUGAGGACAAGGUUCCUGCCGGUAAGGACAAGGUUGAUGGCGGUGAGUACAAAGUUGCUGCCGGUGAGGACAAGGUUGCUGGCGGUGAGAACAAGUUUCCGGGCGGUGAGGUCAACAUUCCUGGCGGGGAGGACAAGGUUCCUGGCUGUGAGGACAAGUUUCUUGGCGGUGAGGACAAUGUUCCUGGAGGUGAGGACAAGGUUCCUGGCGAUGAGGAGAACGCUCCUAACGGUGAGGACAAGAUUCCUGACGCUGAGAACAAGGCUCCUGAAGCUGAGGACAAGGUUCCUGGCGGUUUAGGACAGGGUUCCUGGCCGUGA